GCAGAUUACUGGCUCUCGAGUAUGGAGCUGAUCUGUGCUACACGGAAGAAAUAAUCGAUCAGAAACUUCUCUCUUGCGUGCGAACGUUCAAUAGUGCGUUGGGCACGAUCGAUUACGGUGUUGCGGACGAUAUUGUGUUGCGGAUAGCUCAAAAAAUAGAGGGCGACCGUUGUGUAUUGCAAAUUGGUACCAAUAGUGGCUCAAACAGCGCUCAACUAGCAAAAAUGGUUGGUACGGAUGUUGCCGCCAUAGAUGUUAAUAUGGGAUGCCCAAAGUCGUUCUCUGUUCAUAAUGGCAGGGGAGCUGCUCUUUUGACUCAAAUAGAUAAAGUGAAAGAGAUAAUUUCUUCGCUCACUGCAGUGGCACAAGUCCCAGUGUCGUGCAAAAUCCGGGUUCUGGACGAUCCGUCAGACACACUGAAUCUAGUUCGCGAAAUCGAAAAAUGUGGUGCUGCCGCUCUAGGAGUUCAUGGUCGGAGGCGAGAAGAACGUGAUCAGCAUCCGUGCCGGAUUGAUGAAAUUCGCGAGAUCACUCGGACUGUUAGUAUACCGUAUACAUAUGUUCCAAUUCUCACUAAUCACGGACUUGACUUCAGUGGUGGUUCUGGUAUAAUAACAUGUUACGAUGACAUCCUGAAAUUUCGAGAAGUUACACAAGCUUCCUCUGUGAUGAUAGCGCGGAAGGCGCUUUCUUGUCCAUCCAUCUUCCGACGUCAAGGAGCUUGUGAAUACGAUGAAAACUACACAAUGACUAAAUAUGUUGUGCAGCGGAUACUUGGAAGCAACCAGGACCGCGAUCCCAGAGGAAGACAGACAGUAUUAGCUGGCAGUGUGCAGGAAAUUUGCCGAGCUUGGGAGUGCGAGUCAAAGUAUGAACAAUGUCGGAAGGAUAGAGCGCGGAAGCAAUGCAAACGUCGGUCUUCCGAAGGAACAAACGAAUACGAGUAUUACGACGUGACCUUUCCUUUGAAGAAGUUGAAAGACGCUCAGAACUCCAGCAUGACGCCUAAGUGUGUGUUAUUCGAUUACUGCAAAGAAGUGAAUGCUGCGAAACCUGUCUACGCGACGCAUCAGCGCGUUGAAGACAAGAGAUUCGAAGGAAGUGUGGAGGUGCUUGGGAAGAAAUUUCGAUCACGUAAAGGACAACCAAAUAUACGAAUGGCUGAGCAGGCAUGGUUCCGAGUUUUCGCUUCUUUUGUGGCGGCUUUAGCAGCUCUUAUCGGUCUGAAUCUGAGGCAUUUAUUGAGAAGAGAAUGGGAGAUUAUGGAAUCACCUAUUUCUUGA